AUGCUUGAGUUUCCUGAUGGGCAUAUGGAAAUUCUGUUCUUGGCUUUCGCAUCACAGGCUUCGAAAACCGACUUAAAUGGCCGGGCCGACGGGCCGACUUUGGGGGAUGUUCUUGAGCAUCGAGAGUCUAAAGCAGGUGCCUCAAGCAGUUCAAGCAGCUCAAGUAACCAAUCCGCCAAAGAAGAAACACCUCGCACGAAAUACCCAGCCAUUGCCAUCAUUGCGCUGCUACUCAGCCCAGGCCACGUCGACAACGGGAAAGCGCCACUGCAUGAGAUCAGCCUGCGAAACAUGACUAACAAGGAGGUAUCUACUUCUGGGUUGAGGAUAACCAAUAGAUUCAAGGUUGGCUAUGAAAUCAAAGAAGCGCAGAUGCAUCGGAAGGGGGGCCGCUUAAAGUUCAGAGUUCCAGAGGACAUGUUCUCCAAGGACGGUGGCAUGAUAUUCUUGCAGGAUUCGAAGGGUAAAGCGAUUGAUUCAGUGAGUUAUACAAACAAGCGGGUUGAAGAGUCAGGAAGACUUAUCUAUUUUGGCCGACACCAGGCAAGAUCGUUGUCUUAG